AUGGCUCAUUUCCUUGAUAUGCCUCGGAAGAAGACCUGGAAAGUUUCACAAGCAAGGCAGGAUGUUCUCCGGAGGCAGGCUCAAGAGGGCCAUUCAGACUCUCAGUUGAUAGCCGCUGAUUCAGAGGGCGUAUCUCAUAUAUCAGAUGGCGGGCUUGCCCACUCACACAAACCAUCUGAUGCUCAGGGCGUAUCUUUGAAAUCAGACGGCGGCCUUGCCCGGCCCCAGAAGCCAUCUGAUGCUUUUGAUGUUUUGAGCGUUUCUGAGAUGUGUCUGAACUCUUUAAUUGAUUUGAAAAUGAAUUUGUCUGAUCAAUGCAACAAAGAAACCAAAGCAGAUUUCAUUACAGAAGAGGAAAAUGAGAAUUUUAUCCCAGAGUUUUCAAAACAGAGAAGGAAACGGGACUUCUGCAAACAGCAAGAGAUAGAACCUAUAGAAACAGUUGCAUGCAAAAUACGAAAAACAAAUGAUUCUAUGAAAACCUAUAUGCAGUCACGACGAUUAAGUCAUCAACAGCAGUUGACAGAUAGAUUGUUGACAAAACAGUGUAUGACAAAAUUAAGGCAGGAGCCUGUAAGACAAGAGAAAGAGCGGCUUAUGACCAAAAAAUCGAUGAGAAAAGCAAGGCUGGUGCCUGAAAGACCAAAGAAAGAGCACUCUAUGACCAAAGAAUCAAUGAGAAAAGCAAGGCAGAAGCCUGAAAGACCAGAGAAAGAGCGGCUUAUGACUAAAGAAUCAAUGAGAAAAGCAAGGCAGAAGCCUGAAAGACCAGAGAAAGAGCGGCUUAUGACAAAAGAAUCAAUGAGAAAAGCAAGGCAGGUGCCUGAAAGACCAGAGAAAGAGCGCUCUAUGACCAAAGAAUCAAUGAGAAAAGCAAGGCAGACGCCUGAAAGACCAGAGAAAGAGCGGCUUAUGACUAAAGAAUCAAAGAGAAAAGCAAGGCAGGUGCCCGGAAGACCAGAGAAAGAGCGAUAUAUGACCAAAAACUCAAUAAGGAAAGCAAGGCAGAAUCCUUAA